CACAGCGCCUUCCAAAACAAGGAACGUGUGUGUGUGUGUGUGUGUGUGUCGACACAAGGACAGAUAAGUUACUGCCACCGGGAGGAGAGAGUCGAGGAGCUGAAAUGAUUUCGUAGACAGCCUUCCACGUUAUUGACGUUAAAAAGUUGUACCACAACCCUUGAAGAGCAUGGACGCAUCUGAGGAGCCCAUAAGAAUGACUUCUGAUCCUCAGAGCAAAACGUGUCUACAAAAUCAGGAGACACACAAAUAUCAAGUGAAAAGCCCAUCUGCAAAAUCAGGCAAUGGUGCAGCGCUGGUGUUGUGCUCUGUGUCUGUGGCGUGCCUGAGUGGGUUGAUGAUGGGCUACGAGAUGAGUCUGAUAUCAGGAGCAUUACUUCAACUCAGGGAUGUUUUGACUCUCUCCUGCCCGCAGCAAGAGCAAGUUGUUGGCUCUCUUCUGUUUGGAGCCUUCCUCCUCUCCCUGGGUGGUGGCACCAUCCUGGACCGCUACGGACGGCGGUUCUCCAUCAUCCUCACGGCGCUGCUAUGUGUCUUGGGCACACUUCUAAGUGUGUGUGUGGUGUCAUUUUGGACGCUAGUAGUCGGGCGGAUGCUUGUCGGCAUGGCAGUAGCGCUGUCAGGCACGGCGUCCUGUCUUUACGCGGCAGAAGUGGCACCGGCCGCCUGGCGCGGGAGGUGCGUGUGUGUAUAUGAGUUGAUGGUAGUUUUAGGGAUGCUGUUGGGUUUUGGACUGAGCUGGGCGUUCGCAGGGGUCCCGGAUGGAUGGAGGUUUACGUUUGGUGGCGUGCUGCUCCCUGCUUUGCUGCAAGCCGGCAUCAUGCCACUUUUGCCGCAGAGUCCUCGCUUUUUGCUGGCCCAGCAGCGCGAGAAAGAGGCUCACGCAACUCUCCUCCGUCUUCGUGUUGGCAUCAAAGGAGUAGACACGGUGGAGAAUGAACUUGGCUCCAUACGCAUGGCAUUGGGGGCGGAGCGCCUGCACGGCUUCCUGGACCUCUUCCGCUCUCGUGACAAUAUGCUUCAAAGACUGCUCGUUGGUGCAGCGCUGGUUUUCUUGCAGCAGGCUACGGGACAGCCCAACAUUUUAGCGUAUGCGUCGACUGUUCUCAGCAGUGUGGGCUUCCAUGGGAAUGAGGCGGCGACUCUUGCAUCUACAGGGUUUGGUGUGGUUAAAGUGGGCGGGACCAUUCCUGCAGUCUUUCUAGUGGACAAAGUGGGGCCUAAAGCCUUAUUAUGUGUUGGCGCAGUUGUUAUGACAUUGUCAACAGCAACUCUGGGGGCCGUUACUAUGCAGAGCCGCACACAUGUUUCUAGCCUAUGCAGAGGUCCUGUUAAUAAAGCAAACCUCACAGUUUUUGGGACGGGAGAAGAGACUGAUUUCCAGACAAACACUCCACUGGGAUUGUACCAUCCUUCUAACCAUGAACCUCAAGACAAGCACAAAACAAAUGCUUUCCUCACAAGCAUUAAUGACACUAAGGACCACUGGAUUUUAAGUCACACUCCAGAUCAUAGGACAGCAUUGAUGGAACUGGCUGAGGGUUCUGAGAAAGACGGUUCCAAAAUUGCACUUCAGUCUCUUCAUGUUAAUGAAGUGUCACCCUCACUGAAAUGGAUCUCUCUCGUCAGCUUGCUGGUAUAUGUAGCUGGAUUUUCCAUCAGUUUGGGACCAAUGGUUCAUGUGGUUUUGAGUGCGAUCUUUCCAACUGGCAUCCGUGGAAAGGCCGUGUCCGUCAUCUCUGCCUUUAACUGGGCUACAAAUUUGCUUAUAUCGAUGACCUUCCUUACUCUGACAGAGAGGAUCGGUCUGCCCUCGGUGAUCUUCUCCUACGCUGCUAUGAGCUUCAUGUUGGUGGUGUUUGUGAUUGUAUUUGUGCCAGAGACGAAAGGCCGAUCACUGGAACAGAUCUCUAAGGAGCUUGCCAUGAAAAAUCACCUGAGCAGUAGACUACUAUGUCAUAGAAGAAAACACGAGGCUACAGCACAACCCUUACAGGAGGAAAAAUCCCUCGCUAUUUGACUUUUUAACUAGAUAAAGAGUGGAAGAGCACUAGGGUAUUGCAGACAACCGAUUGUUCUUGGUGCCAUUACAGGACAGACAAACCCGUGACUGCAUUUUUCAAAGUAUUGAAGAUAUAUAACUGAUUGAUGCUGCCACGGAUAUAAUUUAGCUUGAUAAACCUUCCAAUGGCAUGAUGGGUCAGUUGAGAUAUGUUUAUAUGUCAAAUUGAUUUAUUUGUGUUCUUUGUAAAAAUGCAUUUUAAGUAGUUUUGGUACUGACUGAGAUUUUAUAUGGAGAAUUUACAGCUAACUGUUAUGAAACGCUUUGAAAAUUGUGCAAUCAUGACCAUAAUCCUGCCAUGACAAGUCAAAGCCAAGUUCGGUGGCCCAGUCACAUAUCAGUGUUUGCGUGCUGAGCACUACUUAUGAGGUGAAGGUGUCUCUCCGGCAGGAGAUGCCUUCAUGUAAGCAAACAACAUUAUGUAACAUUACGAACUGAAAUGUUAUGUAAUACAAACUGAAAACGUUUUGACUUAAAACAGCCUUUUUGCAUUUUUUUGACUAAAAGCACAUUUGAUAAAUAUAAAACAAAAAUAAAUUAAGACAAAAAGUAAAGAUUGUAGCGAUCUGUUUUCUAUAGAUUGCUCUUUUUUUCAGUUUCUCAGGGAAUUAUGCAAAUGUAAUGACUUCCCUGAGGUAAGUGUGAUAUCACGUGACCUGUUGUUCACAAGCUGAUUACAUAAGGCAUCAUAAGUUUCAGUAAGUUAUAUUUUCUUUUAUGGCCCUCUAAAGUUUAUUCGUGUUGGUUCCCGCACCAAUUUUCACAGUGUAAUGCACACAAAGUCCUCAAUUUAUUUAUUUUUUUUUUUUACUUCGCUUUUAACCACAUUUCAAACGGCCAAUUGUGACCAAUUUGCAGAAUAUGAAGCCUGUUUGUGCAGAUUCAAUUUAAAUAAAAAAAAAUAAUUUAUACAUAAUAAUAGCAUUAAAAGAAAAAAAAAUUAAUUAAAAAGUAAAAUAGCCACAAAAGUAUUAAGUGAGGCAGUGGACAAGCAGUACUUUGUGAAUGACCUGUGAGCAAAAUAGAAGUAAUGCUGGGUUAUUUCUCUCGCACAGACAUAGACGCAAUGACUUAAUAUAGGGAUUAUUUUAUUUUGUUUAUUAUAAAAUACAAAAGUUUUCACAUACUACAUAAACGUAUGAACCAACAA